AUGGGACAGGGAAAACUCGUCGAUUUGGUAUCGGUGAAACGAUCGCACGGCCGCCUUCAGAUGUACGAUAGCACUGAAUGCGACGCGAGGGUGGAGGAGGUUGUGGAAAAGGAUGAGGACGAGCGUGAAGUUGAAGUGUAUCUCGUCAGACGGCCGAUGAGGUGCAUCUCGCCCCAAGUCCACGAUAUCUGCAGCUUGCCGAAGUCUUUGCUCCAUUGGGCCCUGGUCUUCAAAUUCCGAGACCACCAGAAGACCGUCAGGAGAUUCGAAAUAAAGAAAAGAGGUAACUACAUAGAAGCACACGUGGAAGAAGAGUGGCCGAGCAUCGCAACCGAACGAGACUUCCUGGGAGUUUGGAAGAGUUCUCCCAAGAAGCUGCUGACGUUGGCGAGGACCAACGAAUUGAACAAGAAACGCUAUUCGCCACAUAAUAGUAAUUGCCAACAUUGGGUAAAGGAGAUGGCAAAGGAUCUCCCAGUCUCCAUAAGAGAGAAGUUGAAUGGCUUUAGGGCGUUCGGGGGAAAUGCGCGGUGA